ACGCAGCUGCUCGCACCAUGACCAUCCCACAAAUCCUCUUGUCUCUUUUACAGUCCCUUGAGAAAGAUGCGACAACAAGGUUCACCGGAACACCUCCAAAAAUUCAUUCCUCUACCUCCGGAAAGACUUACUUUGUGAAACUGGGAAGUUCUACAGAUAUCGAACAAUUCAACGGGGAAGCGGAAUCUCUGAAGGCCAUCGACACUGCCGCACCCGGAUUAGCACCCAAGGUCUUCCUCUCUGGCACCGAAAAUGAAAGACCGUAUUUUGUAUCCGAGUACAAGGACAUUGGGCCUCUCUCCCGUGCUUCUAUUGCCCUGGCAAAACGGCUCGCAACGGAACUACAUGUACAUACAAGCCCGGAGGGCAAGUUUGGAUUCCACGUCCCGACAUACUGUGGCGCGACUAGAAUGAAAAAUGGAUGGUUUGAUACGUGGGAAGAGUGUUUUAAAGAGAAGAUCGGGGAGCUGUUGGAGUAUCUUGAAGCCCAAGGAAAGAGAAAUGCGAUUUACAAGGGAUUGUGUGUGAGGGGAGAGAGAGUCAUGAACGAAGUGAUCCCAAAGCUUCUCGGUCCCCUCGACAUCAAGCCGGUACUACUUCAUGGCGAUCUAUGGAGCGGAAAUGCAGGAACGGACGCCUCCACCGGCCAACCGGUCAUCUUUGAUCCCUCCUCCUACUAUGGGCAUAACGAAGCAGACCUCGCAAUAGCCCGUAUAUUUGGCGGCUUUUCCGAGUCAUUCUUCACCGAAUAUCAUCGGCAGUUACCGAAAACUGCUCCAGAAGAGCAGUAUGACCUACGUGGGGAUCUGUACGAGCUGUAUCAUUACUUGAAUCAUACGGUCCUAUUUGGAGCUGGUGGUUACGCGUCCAGCGCUAUGCAAAAGAUGGAUAGGUUGUUGAACGCAGAACUGUAGCUAUAAAUAGGAUACGUGAAGGACUAUGAAGUUCUUUUGACUAGCUUUGAGGCUAUGGACGAUCAUUCGAUCUUUAUGUCUUGUUACUUGUCUGCCUCCCGAUCGUGGAACUACAAAAAUAGCG